AUGGCUGGCAAUGAUCUAGAAGAAAACAGUCUCUAUAUCAUGCUGUUUCUCCGAAGCCACCCGCCUAUUCCAAAUGAUUUCCACUGGGCUUUCUACUUCCACCGCGGCCCCAAUGAUGGGAUGAAGUAUCACGUCAGGCAGCAAGGGAAUAGUGGAUGGAUGGCAGACCAUGGAGCAACAGCCGGUGUAAUGAAGGGGUUUUUACUCGUGGGUUUGUUCAAAAUUGGUGAUGUUCCUGCAGACCUCAAGGAACAUAUAGAUGGCAUCAUGAGGGCAUACGAUGAUAAACUCAACGUCUCAGAUGUUAUCUGUACGUGUCGUAUCUGGUUGCUUUGGAUCCUUACACUCUUACAAACACCUAUUGGAGGAAAAAGGAUACUCAGAACUGACGAUUUAAAGGCUCUUGAGGAUGAAGUCAAGACGUGGGGAAAUGAGAAUGCUAUCGGUGCAUCAAAUAAUGAACAACCUAGGCCCAUUGCUGUUUCAUCAAUACUGUACAUACCGGAGGACCAAGACGAAUGUCGUAGGGCACUGGGAGGAUGA